CUCUUACUCUUCCUGCUACAGCAACUGAUGAGAGAAAGGCAGCAGAUGGCCAGUCGCCCUUUUGCAUCGGUCGCGGUGACACUGGAUGUUGGCGGAACUCAAGUAGAACUGCUUCAGGGUGGAAUCGAGGGACCGCCCAAGCCAGUGGCCGUGGAACCCUGUUCUGGGGGUAAAGCAGCAGUGCUCACAGUGCUUUUGUGUCUCCCACGAGGAGCUUCUGGUGUACCUCCACCCGGCCAGUCAGGUAUAGCCAUCGCCAGCGCUCUUAUCGACACGUCCCAGCAGAAGCCCAUGGACUUCAAAGAGAAAAGCCAAGGCUUCAAGAACCGCAAAGCUCUGGCUCCCACUCACCAGGGCACCUGUGUUUGAAUCGUCUGCGGCCUCGGUGGGCUGUCCUUUACCAGAGCGACCUCCUCUCUUGUGCUGCUUCAGGCAGACGGCGGCCUAGAGCGGCCCCAUGUGAGGGGAUUAUUUAGGUGACAGAGCGCCCUCAAUUUCCACUCCACAGACACUUCAUCUCUCCUCGUCAAUUGAACAUCGUAAAUAGAUCUCGAUCCGUUUUGAAUGACCUUGCCAUCACCACCUGCUCCAACUCAAGCAUCACUUUACCAGUUCGACUCCAUCCGAAUCCAAUCAACAGGUGGCUUCUUGAUUCACCCAACUCUGGGUGCCAUUGAGCCCUUUCCCUUACAGUCAUUUCGGUCUUCUCAAGGCCUUCUGAAUGUUGAGGGCCUCUCCAAUAGUCUCCCAUCUGCUUCACACCAAGCACAGAUGUGCCUCUAGCAUGGUUUGUACAUUUGGACCAGAGUGUCUUGCUAAGUCAGAAGCAGCGUUCUAGUAGUCUAGGGACGGUCGCCGAAUUCGUGUACGGGUUUCGUGUAACAGCUCACCUAUUUGUAUGCUCGCAAACUAGACUUACGUUUUUGCUCAAUUUUUUGCUAUUUUGAAUUUUUAUUUUAAGAGAUGGACUAUAGAAAUGUUUGCCAUAGCGUGGAAGCUAUCUGUUGUGUAAGCUAAUGACGUUCUGCUGCUGGUAGCCUCAUGCUUGGUAAACUCAUGUUAGGAAUGGAUCAAAUCCGUCUUUAGAUAGAUACAUAGGUUUCACACAUUUCAUACUUAUGCUCUUCUUGUGAAGACUUUGCAUGGACCAUUCACACUAUGCUUGAAAACUUUAAACAGUUUGUGGGUUGUGUCACAUGAAGCACGUCUUCAUGUCUUGAAAUAUUGCUGACCGUUAGCUGCAGUGUAACGCUCCAUAAUAUAGAGGAGCCAGCUGGUUUGGGAGAAACCAAGUGUCAUUUGUAAAUCGCAGAGAGAAGUCGGUCUUUAGGUGAGGGAUGAAAUCGUGCCUCGCUGACCUGACAAACCGGGAGAAUUUACGCCAGAAGGCCGCAUUGCAACGGGUGUAUAGUAUUGUUAAGGAAAUGCUAGGGAACCCUAGAAAAGCCGAUCUUAUCUUUAUUUUUAUUGUCGUUUUGCAACGGUACAGGUUUAAAUGAGCAGUGACUCAUUACUUUGCAGUAACGCUUCAUCUCUUUAUAAUGAACUUUUGUAUACUUAAGUUUCACAUAUUGUGAAUGUCAACCGAGGGAGAAAAUUUUGAGGAGACCAGCACGUGAGAGUGGAUUUAGACUGUUCAUACACUCAAGUACUGUGUCCUCAAACAAUGGGCUUUCUCAAAACAGGUUUCUAUUCACCACACAACUGGAUCUUCUGAAUCUGAUUAACCCACCACUAGGACUGAGUCUGAGCCCUCCGUGGGUAAAACAGGAAAUCUGGGAGAUGUGUUUUCCUCUCUGUGGCAACAGCAAAAAGUGUACAGCAACCUACUCAUCACUUGUUUGCUUUAGAUGGACUUGAAUAUGUGAAUCUAAUGUGAAUUGCUCUUUUUCUCUUCAUGUAGCUACAGUACUUCAAUGUUUUUGUUUGUAUUUUUUGCCGGUUUUAAUAAAGGAUAUUAAAGGUCAAUAGGUAUUUUAGGGCCACCCGCUGUACAUGACGGUGAUGAGAAAUAAUCAUGUCUUUUACAAUGUUUGUGGAAAAAAAGAAAUGUUGACUUGUUUUUGUAACUAAUUGAUUCCUGUGUAAUACCUCUGUGAUUUGAUUCUUUGGUCACACAUGUAACUAACUCGAUUCAUAUUAGUGUCUGUUUUUAGGGCUAGAUUUAAACUGAAGCUGCUCAUUUAGAUUAUUCUGGGCAUUUUUGAACUUUUCAGGUCAUGAUGUGUUUAGGAAUUUAGUUUCAGAGCUAUUUUUUAUCUUGAAGUGAGUAAGAGAUUGCCACGCAGGAAUUCUACAGACUGAUUACACAGGAAUCAUCUCACUGUAACUGAGAAAAAAACAGAUUCAUUCAUCCCUCAGUGCAUAUCAUUAAUCCUCAUUGUAUUUUAAAGAUGAAUGGAAAAAUAAAACACUUGAAUAUUCAGAA